GCAGUUAACGUGAAAUGGGGAAAAGAGAAAUUCGAUGGCGUGGAGCUCAACACUGACGAACCUCCAAUGGUCUUCAAAGCCCAGUUGUUCGCACUGACUGGAGUUCAGCCAGCUAGACAGAAGGUUAUGGUUAAAGGAGGAACUCUGAAGGAUGAUGACUGGGGGAACCUAAAAAUAAAGGAUGGGAUGACCUUAUUAAUGAUGGGUUCUGCAGAUGCACUUCCGGAAGAGCCAAUUGCUCGACCCGUCUUUGUAGAAGACAUGACAGAGGAGCAGUUGGCUUCAGCUAUGGAAUUACCGUGUGGAUUGACAAACCUUGGCAACACUUGCUACAUGAAUGCUACAGUUCAGUGUAUCCGCUCAGUGCCAGAAGUGAAGGAGGCCCUUAAAAGGUAUGGUGGUGCCUUAAGAGCUUCAGGAGAGAUGGCCUCUGCUCAAUACAUCACUGCAGCUCUUAGAGACUUGUUUGAUUCCAUGGAUAAAACUUCCUCCAGUAUCCCACCUAUCAUUCUCCUGCAGUUUUUACAUAUGGCCUUCCCACAGUUUGCAGAGAAAGGUGAUCAAGGCCAGUACCUUCAACAGGAUGCCAAUGAGUGCUGGGUGCAGAUGAUGAGGGUACUACAGCAGAAGCUGGAAGGCAUAGAAGGUGAUACAGUUAUGGAGACAGACUCUGGUGGAGCUACAGCAGCAUCUUCUAAAAAGAAGAGUUUGAUUGAUCAGUUCUUCAGCAUUGAAUUUGAAACAGCCAUGAAAUGUACAGAAGCUGAAGAAGAGGAAGUAACUAAAGGAAAGGAGAAUCUGCUCCAGCUUAGCUGCUUUAUCAAUCAAGAAGUGAAAUAUCUGUUUACAGGACUGAAAUUGCGUCUUCAAGAGGAAAUCACCAAACUCUCUCCAACACUGCAGAGAAAUGCGCUCUAUAUCAAAUCUUCAAAAAUUAGUCGCUUGCCAGCGUACCUGACAAUUCAGAUGGUUAGAUUUUUUUACAAAGAGAAAGAAUCUGUGAAUGCCAAAGUUCUUAAGGAUGUUAAAUUUCCUCUUAUGUUGGACGUGUAUGAGCUGUGUACACCAGACCUUCAGGAAAAAAUGGUUUCUUAUCGAUCAAAAUUCAAAGAUCUAGAAGACAAAAAAGUAAAUCAACAGCCAAAGAAUUCUAGUAAAAGUGAUGGUGCACAGAAAGAAGUUAAAUAUGAACCAUUUUCUUUUCCUGAUGAUAUUGGUUCUAAUAAUUGCGGCUAUUACGACCUGCAGGCAGUGCUAACACAUCAAGGCAGAUCAAGUUCCUCUGGGCAUUAUGUGUCUUGGGUCAAAAGGAAACAAGAUGAAUGGAUUAAAUUUGAUGAUGACAAAGUCAGCAUUGUUACACCUGAAGAUAUUUUGAGGUUAUCUGGGGGUGGAGACUGGCAUAUAGCUUAUGUUCUACUCUACGGGCCGCGCAGAAUUGAAGUAAUUGAAGACGAAGCUGAACAAUAGUCUUCAGUUUUAGUCAUUCUGCCUAGGUGUGAAAUAAAUGUUGAUUACUGAUCACUUCUUUAACCCCAGAGCUUUAGCAAGUGGAUAAAUAAUUUCUUCAAACCUUUUCAUGAAGAGGGAUAUUGUUUCAAACCUGAUCCAUCUACCAGUUAGUCACUGCUGGACUGGGCUGCCCACUGUGGUGGUGACGACACUUCAAAUAGCUUUAAUGUCUUGCAGAAGAGAAUUUUUUUUUUUUAAAUGAGCCUCUCCCCUCCCCUGUGUCAAUCAAGUAUUUAUUACACACCUGUUCUCACAUUUGUUACUCUUGCAUGGUUUAUACCACAGUUCAGUACCUGUCCAUCCUUUGCCUUACCUGGCAGUUUUGUUAGGAAGGUGGAAGAGAAACUGUUGCCUUGUUGCGUAACUCAGUGCUGCUGCCCAUAGCCAACAACCUUGGCUACAAUCAAGUAUUUGUCCAGCCUGACCUGCUGAUUCAGUCUGUUCUGUUGCUGGCAUCUCAUGACUUCAAAAUAAAUUGUGAUCAACACUGUGUCUCC